AUGGAGUGGAUGUAUGGCCCAACGAAACCACUAGAGGUUCCCCGUCCACAAGACCAUGACUACGACGAGUCUGAGAUGCUUUACGGCGUGUUGGCCGAAUGCCCUUCCAUUAGUCCCAAUCCGGUUUUAACGCUAGUGGAGUCGAUGGCGCUUCGCAUUGUGCAGCGGCACUCCCAAAACACUCAGGAACAAUGGGCACGUGCCUACCCAUUUGGUUCAUGCGGUCUUUCCGCUUCAGUUGCAGAGAGUGAUCUCGAUGUCGCGCUGAUUUGUCCAUCUGUUUUAACGACUGAUAUCUUUUUCGAUGAGUUUCCGAGGUUGUUAUAUAACUCUGUCGGUCCCGUGUCUGUAGUCGCUGCCAGAGUUCCCGUUGUUAAAUUUGAGUACAGAGGCACAGCUGUCGAUGUUGUGUUUGUUUCUGUUGGACUGCCACAGCCGCCUACGGAGGAGCAGAUGCUGGAUGAUUCGUUUCUACUGAAGGUGGCUCGAGAAACCCGACCCAGUGCGAACGGAAUCCGUUUCACGUUUGAGAUUAAGCGGCGACUUCCGGUGCCGUACGAUGUCUUCACUGCCGUUCUGAAGACAGUAAAGCUAUGGGCGAUGCGUCGGAUGGUUUACGGCAAUGUCUACACGUAUCCGAACGGCGCGGUGCUUGCCAUCAUGGUGGCUAGGGUUUGUCAGGUGCUUCCAUCUUCUCAUCCCAGUACUCUUCUUCGAUUUUUCUUUCUUUUCUACACGCAAUGGAUGAGCCGCCAUGAUCGUAUUUCACCCGUGUAUUUGACUGCGACUCUGGAGGGUCGCGGUCGCAUUCCCGGGCUGCCAGACUCAUGGAAGCCGUCGAAAGAUAAAAUUUGCUGCGAUUUGUUUCCCGUGAUCAGUCCGGCGUAUCCAUAUGUGAACGAUGCAAGUAGCGUUGGGCGAUGUGGGCUGGAGGCGCUUUACAGCGAGAUCACACGGGUGCAAUGCAUUCUGACGGAGGCGCGGACUCUCCCGUUGGAAGAGAUGUGGGAACCGUAUAGAAUAGAGGAAGAGUAUUCAACCUUUCUUGUUGUGGGUGUAAGUUGUGCGGGCCACAGUAUGGCGGAGACUGAGCAGGCGCUUUCUGUGUGGAGUUCCUAUGUGGCCAGCAGGUUACGAAUCCUCAUAUACUCCAUAGAGCGUCAUGCACAGGCCCGUCCCUGUCCGCGUAAGAUAAGGCCCAAAAAGGAUAAUCACGUGGGGGGUUCUUCAUGUUUUUUGUCUGUCAAUUUCCUCAUAGGUGUUAAGGCAAAGGAGGGGGGUCCCACCCCACAGCCGUCUCUGUUUACUGAGGCGUGUGGCGAGUUUCACCACGCUGUGAAGGAGGGAUGUAACAAUGACUCCAUUCCGUGGUCAUUUCAGCGGAAUGAUCGUGCAAUGCAUUGGCCCCGUGUCAAAUUUUUAGAGGUGCAUCAGGUGCUGCACCUGUUACAAGACCUGAAGUAA